AUGAGCCAAGCUCCUGAUGGGAGCCGUUUAGCGCGCCGCCCCCCUACGUGGAUGCAGACAGGCGACCCUGUCGAAGCUGACGCUGCCAGACAAGCCAUAGCGAAAAAAACGCGUAGAGGUUUCAAUAGCUGGCUCCAUUCGUUUUACCUUGGCAAGCGGGGCAAGCAGGGACUGCAACGUGGACUUGUAACUGAAGGACCCGACGAUUCGCGAGAACCACCAGGAGCAGCGUCUUCCCGUGCAUCGACUGCUGAAGACGUGCAGCUUGACUCCGUUCGUCCGCGAAAUGAAAAGCCGAAAGACGAGUACCAAUGGGCUAUAUUAUACGAGAACCAGAGAGGGAUCACCCUAUUCUCAUCCACAUACUACUCCCGGCUCUCUCUGCUCCCUACCGACCCGCCGGCGUUCACUCUCCCGUACGCCGGCCCUUCCUCGUCAAGCUCGGGUCGGGAGGCGCGUCGCCACCAGCCUAGAAUAACGAAGCUGUCCGAGUACCCUCUCCCAGAUGGGACUUGGGAAUGGGUAUCUCAGUCUUGGAUGGUUGACAUGCGCGAAGAUGGCGAGGUGCAGCAUGACGGCUUCGAGUACAACUGGCUCUUUCGAAGGCACGAUUGGCGCGCUCAAGUCGGGAAAUUCAAUGCUGGUGGCUGGGUUAGGAGGCGGCGAUGGGUGAGGCUCAUGGUCAGGAGAGCUGAAGCCAUCCCAGGCCCGAUGAGCAGCAACAUCGAGAUGGGGGAUAUCGACGAUGCCGGGCCUGGCUCUGUUCGCCCUUCUCCUGCUCCCUCGGUACUUGACCCUUCAUCAGACAUCGAAGGGCCCGACAAGUCUAUCAUAAUUGAAACCUGGCAGGGUGACGAAUAUCAUGACUGGCAAAGAUGUCAUGCUGUCAUGAGGCGACUCCCGCGGGACGGGCGUAAGCUGGAGUUGUGGGCAUUGUGGUUAGGUCUGCCCCAUCGGACAACAGUGUCGCCUGUUACAUCCCCGCUGCCCGCAGGCGAUGCUGCUGAGGAAACCCUGAAGCCGCGGAAUAAGAAACAGUGGACAGAGGAUGAAGGACCGCUGCCAUCCGAGAUUGCCUACACCAACCGUAUCUCCAACACGGUCCCGUGUGCUCCUCUGGAAUAUAUAGGGCCUGUCGUCCGGGCACAUUUGGGACCGCUCCUCGAGCUGUUUGUGUUCCCGGAUUCACGGGUACGAUUCAUGCGCCAGUUGGCUCAAGUAGGGUUGCUGCCGGACCCUGAAUCAGAAAGUGGCAGAGAGUUUUGGAGUUACAGGACCGAAUUUCAGGAGCUCAUGCACCCGCCGAAGGAUCUGGCCAUGGGUAAUGUCCCAUCGCUGCCUCAAGAUGAGGAGUUCAAACCCGUACGGGAACCUCGUGAAUAGAUACCCAUCUACCCAAUAUUCACAUACACACCAUAGUCUCCGGUGGUUCUUGAAUACGAUACAUGAGAUAAUGGAUAUUUAGUACUGUAACAUAUGUAUAUUGCCCGCUAUUCGUACAUCAUAACGAACACCUUUAUCGCCG